AUGCUCCCACGCUCGUUUCUGGCAUUCCCCCUCACUCUGUUAUUCCUUGUGCUGAGCGUGUGCCGCGAAUUUGAGGCGGCGGAUGAUUCGGAUUUGCGGGUUUAUCGAACGUUACCACAACAUCGCAUCCCCAAAUGGAACUGCACUCAUUAUCAUCGUGAUGCCACUGCCCCCGGUUACUGGUUUGUGGCCCCCUACUGGGUGACGGUAGGAGAACCCUACACCACCCGAUGGAUGCCGUAUCAGAUCGGUCCCUACAUCUUCGACCAGGAUGGUGAAUUGGUGUGGACCGGAGCCGAGUACACUGACAACCAGAACGCCUUCGACUUGCGCGUGGUAGCCAAUGUCCCAGGCAAGCCUCAGCUCUCGCUGAUGGUGCAGACCGGUCUGGGCGUCGACCUCGAGCACGCCAACGGUACUGUCCUUGACCACCAGUACCGCGAGCUGGCCAGUACCCCCGUCUUUGACAAGCACGAGUUCUACGUCUACGCCCCCCACAAAGCCCUGGCCAUCCACCAGUGGCCCAAGGUCGUCGAUCUGGCCGACUUCGGCCUUCCCGGUAUCUCGCGCGAGAUCAAAUUCCAAGGCUUCCGUGAUGUCGACUACACGACUGGCCAUGUCUUCUUCGAAUGGAACUCCGAGGGCCAGAUCCCGCUGCACGAGUCCCGCAUCGACAUCACGGUCGGAAAUCCUCCUCACGGCGCCGAUUACAUCCACUGCAAUGCGGUCGAGAAGACGAAAGAUGGAAAUUAUCUGAUGUCGUGUCGCCACUCGAGCACCAUCUACCUCAUCUCCGGACGGGAUGGCAGCAUACUCUGGCGAUUGGGGGGCAAGGGGAACAAUUUUCAGGUCGUCUUCGAGUUCUCGUGGCAGCACGAUGCCCGCAUCAUCCUCCAAACACCGGAGCGCAUGGUGAUGUCCUUCUUGGACAAUGCGGCGGACGAGUUGACCAACGACAAGCCCAUCUCCUCGGCCAUGAUCGUCGAACUGGACCUGGUCAAUUACGAAGCAAAACUGCUGAACCAGUACUUCCGACCGGAUGGCGAUCUAACGCGACGUCGCGGCAGCACACAGCUCCUGCCCAACAACAAUGUAUUUGUCUCGUGGAGUGACUAUGGCUAUAUCAGCGAGUUUGACCACGAUGGCCGCCUGUUGACGGAGGCCCGCUUCGCCAGCGACCGGUUCGGCAACUACCGCGCCUACAAAUACCCCUGGUCGGCUCAGCCCGCAGAACCCCCGACGAUGGUCGCCUCGGUGGUAGGGAUCAACGGGUCCGAGUUGUUGAGUGAAUUCCAUGUGAGUUGGAACGGCGCGACCGAGGUGAAGUUCUGGCGGUUUUGGGCUCGGGCCGCAGCAGACGGCGAGAACGUCCUCAUCGCCACCGUGCCCAAGACCGGUUUCGAGACCAGCUUCAUCGCCCGCGGAUACAUGGAUUGGGUGUCCGCUGAGGCCCUCGAUCGAGGCCAAGCCAGCUUGGGCAUCUCGCCGGUCGUGCGCAGCAGUCCGCCCAGUUACUGGGCCCCCGGCGCGGACUGGCCUCAGCCCGACGAUCCUCAAGCCCUUCUCUUCCCUCCUUCCCCCGAAACCCAAAGUUGGUCGCCCUCCUUUGUCGUGGUCUUUGCCGCGGCGCUGGCGCUGAGUACGCUGUGUUGGCUGUCGUUGGCCCUCUUUCCUGUCGUUCGUCGUCGCCUGGUGACGGGGAAUGCUCAAGUCCGCAGGGGACAAGAGGAGCCCUUGCUGCGCCCUGGAGGUUCUGUUUGAAAUACUUAAUACUAUUCGCAAUACGAAGCAU